UUUAAAAUGCUGACUUAUGAAACGCACGCGGCGCCACUCUAAACCGCGUCUACAGCGCUUAUGUGAUUGGUUAAAUCUAAUGAUCGUUUUGAAUAGAAACAAUCGGACCACAUGUCCGAAGCUUCUCCUUAAAGCAAUUUUUCAAUGAGCCUUUCAAACUUAUUCACAGUGGCUAUGAUAAGUGACAAGACUGCAUUUGAAAAGCUUUGCGACAGCUGCCGUCGGUGGUGAAUGGCGGGUAUAAUUGUAGGUCCAUGCACGCAUUAGUUUAAGUCUCCCAAUCUCAGGUGCCGACGUGCUAUUGUUGGAGUCAGAACCCGUACACUUCAUUCACAAAGUUAAUCACCCCGAUCGAAACAAGUGCAAAAUCUCACUACUGGCGGUCGCGGUCACAAGAAGUCGGAGAGCUCAGGGUAAAUUCGUUAAAAAGAGUCUCCAAAUUCCUCACGCUAAUUUAAAACUGACUCACGAGUCGCUGCCUUGAAACAAUGGGAGACGAGAUGUUGAGCGUGUUUUACAGUGGAGAUAUUUUUGCCGGCCACAGUAAGAUAAGCGCUCGGGAGGUAGCGAACCUCACGGCAAGCUUCGACGAAAAGAGCGAAUUUCGCCUUUUCAGGGAUUAUUUUGGACUCAUAAGACUUGUACAGAAUGCCGAGUUGAACGGUAAAGGAAAUGCAGGGAUAGACAGUUUGUAUGACUUUACCUACACCAAAAGAUCUCGUGUAGACAGCGUGGGAUCGGAUCACUCUCUAACGAGCUCGGGUUCUGGUGGAAAUCCAGACAUUGAACUGUGCAUUGAAACGUCAAAAGCGCCAGGUUCAUCUCUCGCGCCCGGUGCGCCAACCAGAAACGUUUCCAAACGGAACGCCGAAAACAACAGCGAAGUCGCCAAUCGCAACCGAAAAAACCGCGAAAGUAAGAAGAACAGAAACGCGAACGUGUGCGUAUUUUGCAGAAAUAACGGAGAAAGCAAAAAGGUCUAUUCAAGCCACGUUCUGAAGGAUGCAGAGGGAAACACUACAUGUCCAAUUCUCAGAGCAUACACAUGUCCUCUUUGCAAAGCAUCCGGGGACCAGUCGCACACCAUCAAGUACUGCCCAAAAAACAAAAGCUCUGCAAAGCAGCCGCCGCAGAAUACUCCACUGACUCAAACCAUUUGAAUAAAGAACUGUUGCAGCACAUGUAAAUCUGAAAAAAAAAAGGUUACACGCAGCAGAUGAACUCAUUUGAUUUGUCGCCGCUGGCGAAUAACGAACAACAGCACUUGAGAAAAGGCGGGUAUGAAAAGACUAAUGCUUAGAAACUGUAGCCUCUAAAUUGUGGUAAAAUAAUUUAGAUAUAUGAAUUAUAGAACGAAAUAUUAAAAUCUAUUUAAGUAUUGCAGAUUGUUUAGGUUUUUAAAGCGAAUAUUCCACAGUACGUAUCUUGCUCUUGAUCACUUUCUUUGAGCGUUAUAGUAUUUUUUAGAGGUUUUGUAACAUCUUUCAUAAAUUGUUUCUUAAAUGGGAUAAACCUGUAUUGCCCGGUGAUGCUCAAAGAUAUUCAUAUAACUUAGCUGACUUUGUCAGCAAUUUUUGGGGCGAUUGCUCCCAUGUUUAUGGUGUGACCAAACAUUGUAUAACAAAAAUUGACCACUGUAUUCGGCGCGUCAAAAUUUUAAGUUAUAUAAAAUUAAUAUGUGUACAGGACCGAUAAUGCUUAAACUCGAACUGUGCGAGUCAGUUAAUCCUGUUCCUAAUUUUUUAAUCGACAGAAAGUCAUGAAUUUCUAGCCGAGAAAAUAUACCGAAUUUGGGCAGAGAAACACACGAUUUCGCCUUGUUUCUUUCUACCUCUAUAUCUACUCAACUUUAUGAUUGCUUGGGCUAUUCCAAAUUACAAAAUAAAUUCAGAAGUCUUAAUCCGCAAACAAGGAAAUUGCUAAAGAAAGUAAUCUUAAUCACUUAGUGGGCGCCCUCUGAAAUUUAAAGCUUGGUUUUUGAGGUUUGAACACAAUACCUCAGGUCCAAGUAAAACUCAGAUUCUCCUUGAUAAUGAUUCUUUGUGAUAGAGAGGGGCUAAAAACUUGAAUUGAUAAAAUAGUGUGCUAAUGUUAUUAACCAACUCCAUGCGGAACAUUAUCCAUGCAAUAAAAUUGAAUUGUUUUCAAAUACUGUCCGUGUUGACUUAAAGCAACUUGAAUUUUAUUCAAAUUGGAUGUAACAUGUCUAUUUUCCAGCCUUUCGCGUUUUUUUUUUUUCUAUUUUCAAUUUUGCGGAAAGAGCUGUACAUAAGUCCUCCUCAAAGUAUAGCAUAAAACGAAAAUGCCUUCCUUAUUGUUGUUAUUUUAUAUUCUUCAGAGAUCACGAAACUGAGAAAAAUCGAAUCUCAUUAUCAAAACUCAAAGCUGACAGAUGAGCAGUGUUUUGGCACGGUCUCUUGAAUCAAAGGAUUCCUGCGUCGAAGUUUCGUAUCGACAGUUCAAACAAAAAGAAGAAAAUUAUUUUAUUCAUCAGUUAAUUGACAACCAACAUUUGAAACCUGGAGGUUUAGAAAUCGAUCGAUUUCACAUGAAAAAUUUGACAGCCAAACCAAAAUGAUGUGAGGUUGUUUUAGAAAAGUUUCACACCAAAUAGAAGCCUAAGUGGUAUGGAUAACUGGUGUUCAGUUUCAUCCAUGGCGCUGAUCGACAGAUUGCUAGCUUAGUCGCCCCAAAGAAGCAAAAACUUCGUCGGAUUUGUCUGAAAUAUGAACAAUUUGUCAUUUUAGAAAACGAAGCAAAAUUGUUUCGCAAAAUUAUUACCAAAACAUCUUUCGGGUCACGAACUAGAAGUGUUGCAUGGCGAAGGUCUGUUAUAAUCCAAUACGUUUUCAAGCUAUGGAGCUAGAGUUAAAAUAUCUGUCAUUAUGUUUCAGGAUUUUUGCUUUUGAUGUUCAUAAGAGAGGGAGAGAGAUUUCUUUUUAGCGUGCGAGCUGUAAUGCGUUCAUUUUGAUUGGUUAUGCGCUUGGCCGACUAUAAGGAACCGUAGCUUUAUUAAAUUUGAAUAAACGCAGCAUGUUGUAACAAUAAGACACGAAAAUGCUCAGUAGGUAUAAGAAAAACACGAAAUCGCUUUUCGCACUUAUAUAAGAGCGCGAAAUUGACUUGACUAAGGUCAACAGAGAAUACACCAUAAAAAAUCAACAAAUUGGCACGGGUUUUACUUAGAAUGAAAAUAUUGACCACGUUAUAAUGGACCGGGAAAAAUUAAAUUUGUAAAUGUUAUAGAAAAUGCCUUACUCGCUUUGACAAGGAAACAAGUUUAAGACCUUGAAAUUAAUGGAACAUUUUAGAGUGCUUGAAACGAAGAAAAAAGAUUUUAAUGAUUACAGUUUUAGCGUUUGGAAGGGUUAUGUUAAUGUUAUUCUUUUGCUUUUACAGUAAAAUUGUAAAUUGCAAUCUUUCGUAAUAAAGUAUGUAUCUCAUUGCCCAUUUCACUAUUGAAAAUGGGUUUGGAUUAAA